AUGUUAAUUGAGGCUUUUGGCAGACUAAAGGCUUUGUCCGCAGGCUGCAAGGGAGUGGAACGAACUGAAGCGUUCUCGGCUAUAGUACUGGCGCGUCGCUCUAAGCCGGCGCACGCGCAUAUCGCUGAUACCGCAUUAGGGUAUAAAAGAGCACGUGUAUUUCAUGCAGACCAAUUCUACUGUGAAUCUUUAAAGAAGUACGACCUAAUAGAAAAUGGAAAACCUCCU